UAUUCUAACGACGCCCCUUUCAUGCAGUUUUCCAUUCAAAUAAAAUGGGACAAAAACAUCUACCCUCGAUAACUUUUCUCGUCUGAGGUACGGUGAUAUAGUUCAUUGUCCAAGUCACAAAAACAGCCAGCUAAUUCCACGGUGGAGACACUGGUACGGCAUUCAAGGUCAUGCAAAGACAGACACAUCAAUAUCGCGGGACCAGGUAUCACUUCUUUUACCGUGUUGUCGAUAAGCGUAGGACGGUAUGACUUCCGACUACGUCGAACCUGUGCUCAGUGCCAAGCAAACCCCACUCAAACAUGACCAAAUUCUUGUCUUCCGUCUGCAAACAACACCGAAAAAUAAGCGGCGUGCCGAAUUUGUUCUAUACGUGUUCAGCGGUCGUAUUGGUCCAUGAAAACGGGGACAGCGGUUCCCAACUGCAAAAAACUUUCGAUCCCCACCGUCUGGACGAUGGAAUAGUACGGCGAGCUAGCAUGGGCAACGAUGGAUGAGUGGCAGAAUGGUCCCAUGCGUCUUCAGCGGUUGUGCUUGUCCUUGAUGGGGAUAGCGGUUCCCAACUGCGACAAACCUCCUGAUCCCCAGCGUCUGCACGAUGAAUAGUACGGCAAUGUGGGCAAAAAACAAAUGAUACCACAAGACACUGGUAAGUUUUUUUUUAUAAUGUCGCUUAUGCCGGUGUCUGCUCCCAGGAAUUUGGUAUAUUGUACAUUCUAUCAAGAACCGUCCAGCGUUAUGACUUCUAUGGAUUCUUGCGACAAAGGCGGCGCAAAUCAAACCACAUCAUGUGUCGUCAACUCUGCCUUUGUUUUUACUCAAAAACAUUCCUCCGAGUGUUCUUGACUUGCUGGUUUCCGGCACACGGGGUCGGAUAAACGUAGUGACGCCAGGAUCACAGUGCCAAGACACAUCAUUUCAGGUUCAGCCAAACAACUUCAAUCUACUCUAAAGCUCACUACCCAACCGUUUCAUGGUACGUCGAAAACAACUCGUCGUCCUCAAUGUCCCUAUUCGCAAUGAGCAGCACAACUCGCGUUACAUCAUCAUCCCACGGUCGCCAAGCUGCCGCAUAGUGGAUGUUGGAAAUAUAUUUUCGAAGAUGGAGGGGGAAGUUUGGUGGAAUGUUGAGCUCCUGAUAAUGGACUGCAAAAGGGAAGGGGAAUGCGUGAGCUGGGUGAUUGUUCCAAGAGAUGAUACACUGGAAUGGUGCUGACCGUUGGCGGGAUGCUGGGAGGUGGCGUUAUUGAUGAUUUGGCCAAUCGCAUAUGGAUUCCUAGUUUGGAUGAAAACAACAUUUCCCCUUCAAUGAGGGUACUUUUCAAAGAACUCAACGAAAAAAAAAACACUACAUACGCCACAUUCCCGCCUUCCAUCCAUGUCUGAUCUGCAAUGAGAUCAAGAUGCGGAUCGGGAUGAUGUCGCCGAUAGAGGGACCGGAAAAUUCUUCCAGACAGUCCGUUACGCUUACCAUCAACAAGCAAUCCGUCGUAGCAUCGCAGAAUAUAGCUGUUGCCCAGAGAUUGGAAGAACGCUGGGUCACCUGGUGCGUACACUGUCCCCGGAUAUACAGCCACAAUGGCCCCUUUUGGAGCUUUUCCAUGUAGACGGACUCCAAGGCCUGCAGUAUGAGGAGGAAUGCAUCAAAGGUCAAUGCACCCCAAAUCCUCAUCAGACUUUGCCAGGAUCGUCAAUAGUGACCGUAGAGCGUUUAUGUGGUCGAGCGAAUUGACUUUGGCCGACGCAUUUCGCCCUUCUGGAAGCCACGAUGCAUGAAGGGCAAACCAAAGGAAGGAGACGAAUGGGGCCCAACAAAAGCCAGUCCACUCGCUCCAUGAGUGUGACUGGUUCGAUCCAUGCUUACGUAUUCGACUCCGAAGCCUGGAGGCAUUCUGCGGGUAUUGGAAGGGUUGUGAACUCAUCGAUCCCAAGUUAGUCGUGUCAUAUUGUUUAUUGCUCUCGUUGCGCAGCUUUUCACAACCAACAUUGUUCUUGUGGGGUUCGGAUGCUUGGGACAAGCACGAUUUGUGGGUGCUCUGGAGGACCUGGUUUCGGUUUCCAAAAGGCUGUUUCUGUGGGGUGACGUGAAAACAGUAGCGACGCAUUUCAAAGCUCUAUGAAGUCACUGACAGAGGUCGGGGCGGAUGGUCUUCCCGCCCUUCCUGCCAAGGUAUCUCCAAGCUCCUACACGUCACCGCUCGCGUCGGGAGGCAAACCCAUUUCACCCCGCAAUCCUUUGCAUCCACGUUGGAAAGAAAACCAAGCUGCAGGCCCCAAUAGACUGUCAUUAAGCCGCGACUCGUCCAUAGUAAACUCCUCGACAACGAUAUCUUCGCAGUCUCCCGCGACGACUGUAUCAAACGCAAGUCAGGAGCGCCCUGCAAGAUGUUUGGCAUGGAGCGAGUCGGGGUCACCAACGGGACGAUGCGGGAGCGCGCCGGGGCGGUUAAUGCGAAAAACGGUUCAGUCGUGCGGUUUUGAGGUGGAUACUGAUAAUAUCAUGAUGGAUGAACCAAAAAAGAAAUGGGUGGGGCUCAAGCGAAAGGUGCGCUAUCCUAUCCCCCACAACCUCUUCAUGGGUAAAACCUCCUAUUCUGGUUACCUUACUGUCCACGAACGCCACUUUCAUUCUAAAUUCAACGGGGCUAUCGGCAAAUCGAAACGUCGCUGGGUGGUCAUCAACAAUGAUACACUGUAUAUUCUAAAGAAACCCCAUGCAUUGUAUGCCAGUGAGAUUUUCCAUUUAGAGGACUGUACCCUCGACCCUUGUCCACCCAAACUGGGCAAGUUCAUGACGAUGGUAUUUGGACUCUACAAGCUUCCAGAUAUUGAUAAUGAAGGACGGUGCUUUCUGUUUGUGACGGGAAGUGAUGGUGCAAAGGUAGAGUGGAUGGGUGAGAUUUUACGAGCAAUGAGUUGGAGAGAACGCAUGCUAGCCCAACGCGGAACGAUACCUCGUAUAACAGUUUUCGAUACCUCAUCCUGUACCCAACGCGAACCCUCUCAAGUCUUUCCCAUCAUCCCUGCCGUGUCCGACAUGCGAGGCAGGAGAUGGUCGGUCAAUACAACCCUAUCACCCGACGAAGUAGAGCAGCUUGAAGUGGCCAACAACGUUAGGCAUGAGCGAGUGAGUGAGGGGAUGCCGCCUGCCAUGAAGAUUGAUGAAGCAAGGAGAACCAGAAGUGGAACCGUUUAGAGUCUGGAUGGUUCCUCGAAAGCGAUGCGUUUACAUUGAUGGCAUUGGCGAUUCUGAUUAUAUUCUUUUGCGCUCUGGUUCAAGGGACUAUUCAUCGAGGUAGAUGUUGUCUCGUUCCGAGUGUUACCUUCAUUAUGAUAUUAUUCGUUUUGUAUAUACAUGGCUAUGAUCCCUGAAAUGCCGUAUCCCUGUGCGUAGAUCCAGGCAUAGCACAUGGGUAUCAUGCGUUCUUGAUAUGUUCCAAACAUACCCGACAACCUUGAUCACACCUUGAACCUGGACCUCAUGUCCCUGCACCGCCGCC